UCCUGCAUGCCCGCCAUGAGUGUGCCGGUCCAGCAGAAAGCCAGCAGCACCAAGAGAACCGGCAAGCGCAUCACGUUCUUCAGCGACCAGGGCCCGGGCAUGAAGGAGGCCUCCCAGCUCCCAGAGGGACCCUCCUACUACAGCCUGACGGGCCGGGACCCCGCGCCCCCCCAGGGCCCGGACGGCUCCGCCGGCAACGCCCCCCCCGCCAACGUCCCCGCCAACGUCUCCUCCGGCGCCGCGGUCGAGGUCCCGGCCCACAUGUACCUGAGCUCGGUGAUCUUCAGCCCGGAGAAGGGCUCGGACCAGAGCCGGGGCCACUACCAGCAGACGCUCCCCAUGAAGUGGUCCCACCAGGACGCCGGCCCCCUGCAGCAGCAGCAGCCGCCGCAGCCCCAGCUGCAGCGGGCGGUGGCCUGGUCCACCAUGGCCAACUGGGGCCCCAACCUGGCCAACUACCUGGGGGGCGGGGCGGAGGCACGCCCCCAGGGGCCCCCCGCCGCCAAGACCGCCGUGCACGAGCCCCCCCCGGGCCUGCAGCCGCCCCCGCCCGCCAGCAGGGCGAAGGACAAGCCUCCCAUGGGGGCCAACCCCCCCGCCGAGGCCUACAGGGAGGCGUCUAAGGCCCGGGGGCUGGACUGGGAGCAGCAGUACCACCCCCAGGCCCAACACCAGGCCCCGGCCCUGGUCCACCUCCAGGGCCAGGCCCAGACUCAAGCCCUGCCCCAGGUCCAGGCUCUGCCCCAGGCUCUGCCCCAGGCCCAACCACAAGCCUUCCCACCGCCCCUCAAACCGGGGGCGCUGAACCCCCCCAAGCAGCACCUGGCCGGCUACUACCACACCUUCCCCCCGGGGGCUCGGACCACCCUGCCCAACCUCAACUACUCCACGCAGGGCAAACCGCCGCAUCAGCUGCAGCCCCUCCAACCGCAGAACCAGGAACAGGCAUGUCAACAACAACAGCAACAACAACAACAGCAGCAGCACCAACACAUCCUCCAGCAGCUGCAGCAGCAGCAGCAGCAGCAGAUGCAGCAGCAGCAGCAGAUCCUUCAGCGGCAGAAGCAGCUGCAACACAUGCAGCAGCAGGAGCAGCAGCAGCAGCAGAAGCUCCAGCAGCAGCAGCAGCACAGCAUCCAACAGCAAAUGCAACAUCAGCAGUUGCAGCAGCAGCAGCAGCAGCAGCAGCAGCAACAACAAAACCCUUGCGCGCACGACUAUUACAGCAGCGCUCAGAGCGCCCGCCCCCUGCCCCAGCCCCAGCCCCCCGCGGCGGUGGUCCACUCCCAGGAGCCUCUACCCCCAACGCUCCCCGAGAACCAGGAGCCACUCAUACAGGACAUCACCCCGGAGCCCCAGCUGUCCCCGCUGUCGGAGCCUUCGCUCCAGCCCCGGUCCCAGGCCCAGAACCAGGCCCACAUCCAGACCCAGGCCCACAUCCAGGCCCAUACCCAGGCCCACAUCCAGGCCCAGACCCAGGCCCACAUCCAGAACCAGGCCCAGACCCAGGCCCACAUCCAGAACCAGGCCCAGACCCAGGCCCACAUCCAGGCCCAGGCCCAGACCCAGGCCCACAUCCAGAUCCAGGCCCAGACCCAGACCCAGGCCCACAUCCAGACCCAGGCCCACAUCCAGACCCAGGCCCACAUCCAGGUCCAGACCCAGGCCCACCAGCCCCCCUCCCUCCAAGCCCAGACCCAGUCCUACCAGCCCCCCUCCCUCCAGCCCCCCUCCCUCCAGGCCCAGCCUCGCCGGUCCCGCAGGCUCUCCAAGGAAGGGGGCGCCCCGUCGGACCCCAACCCCUUCCUGUCGACGUCGGACCAGGCCCCGCCCCCCCCGGCCCAGGGCUCGCAGAACGGGCGCUCGCCGCCCUGCCUGCAGGCGGCCCCCACCGGGGUGAUCCAGAGCACGCGCAGGAAGCGCCGCGUGUCGCAGGAGGUCAACCUGGAGACGCUGGCGCAGAAGGCCUCGGAGAUGGAGUCCCUGCCGCCGCACAUCGCCAAGGAGCCCCCCCGGCCCUGGAGCCCGGCGGAGGCCUCGGGGGCCCCGGGCCCCGACGGCCGGCGGCCCCGGGACGACAGCCUGCUGCCGCUGGUCAUCCCCGUCUCGGUCCCCGUCCGCCGGCCGGAGCCGGGCCCCCGGUCCUCGUCCUCGUCCCCCGAGCGGGACGGCGGGGGGGGCCCCGGCUGCGUCUGGGGGCCCGGCCGGCCCGGCGGGGGCCCCCAGGAGGGCGGGGGCCCCGCGGACCACAAGCCCUCGGUCAUCGUCACGCGGCGACGGUCGCUACGGAACUCGCCGUCGGAGAGCUCGGGACAGAACGGCGGCGGCGGCGGGGAGGGCGAGCGCGACGACGACGGCGGCGUGAAGGCCAAGUCGAAGCGGCGGCCGCGCCCCGAGCCACUCUUCAUCCCGCCGCCCAAGCCGGGGCUGUUCGUGGUGCCGCCGUGCUACGCCUCGCUCACGCCGUACCAGAGCCACCUGCGGUCGCCCGUGCGGCUAGCGGACCACCCGCUGGCCUUCCCGCCCCACACGCCCCCCCCCAUCCUCAGCCCCGUGCGCGAGGGCUCCGGCCUCUACUUCUCCACCUUCCUGUCGGCCGCCGCCGGGGUCUCCGUGGCGACGGGCGGCGGCCAGGGGCUGCUGAUGCCCACCACGCCCAAGACCGCCACGCGGAGCCUGCUGCGCUCCAACAGCUGUGACAUCACGCCGCCCAUCCUGUCGGCCAUGAGCGAGGUGACCCCGGUUAGCAUCGAGCCACGUAUCAACAUCGGGUCGCGCUACCAGGCGGAGGUCCCGGAGCUGAGGCAGAGGGCGGCCGUCCAGCUGGACCCCAACCGGGCGGAUCUGGUCUGUGCUCCCCUCUGCCUGCUGGACGCACUGCCCGACUUCCACAAGAAAGUCGAGGACCUCAUGCACCUGGCGUGCUCCAGCGUCGUGCCCGGUGGGGGGACCAAUCAGGAGCUGGCCCUGCACUGCCUUUACCAGGUCAACGGCGACAUCAUGGCCGCCGUGUCCCUGCUGAUGCUGAGCAGCCCGCUGUUCCCCAAGGCGCACCCCCUCUCCGACUACCACUACUCAGGUUCAGACAGCUGGACGGCCGCGGAGAGACACCAGUUCAACAGGGGCAUCGCCGCGCACAAGAAGGACUUCUUCAUGGUGCAGAAGCUGGUGGUCUCCAAGACGGUGGCCCAGUGUGUGGAGUACUACUACACCUACAAGAAGCACGUGAAGAUCGGCCGCAACGGGACACUGCUGUACGGGGAGGCGGGGCUUAACGAGGGCCGGGCCAAUGAGGCGGAGCUGGACAACAAGGGGUCCCGAGCGCCGGAGUCCCGGAAGGACGAGGACAACAGGAAGUGGGAGGGGUCUGCGGACAGGAAGCGGGAGCUCAGCCCGCCCCGGCUCACGCACCACGCGCUGUCAGCCUCCGAUAACGCCCGAGCGGUUCUGGUCCUGAAGGGGCAGGAGGGAGACCACCCCCUCCAGCACCCCUCCCUCUCCCGGGCGGUCCCCCCGCCUCACCCCGCCCCCCCGCCGCCAAGCUCCGCCCCCUCCAAGCCACGCUACGACGCCGGCGGACGCAAGGCGGCGGCGCCGGCCGCGGUCAAGGUCCCGCCCAAUCCGGAAGGAGAGUUCCCCUGCAAGAAAUGCGGCAGGGUGUUCUACAAGGUGAAGAGCCGCAGCGCCCACAUGAAGAGCCACGCGGAGCAGGAGAAGAAGGCGGCGGCCCUGCGGCUGCGGGAGGCGGAGGAGCGCGCGGCCGCCGCCCACAGCGCCGCCCUGCUGGCCGCCCGGCAGCACAACGGCACGCGGCCGGCGGGGGCCGGGGGCCGCGACAGCAGCGGCGAGGACUCCAGCGGCGGCGAGGACGAGGACGACGGGGCCGACGUGGACUGGCAGUGA